AUGUCGACGGCGAUCCCACAAGUACCUCCCAGACCUAGUAGGUCCCAGGAGCGAGGAGACACCUCUUCUGGUGCUCCCUCUCUUGGUAGUAAUAUACCACAAAUCCCUCCGCGACCCACCAACAGACGUGCCGAUCGUUCUAUUUCCCCUGCUCGAGAGAGCUUCGCACGAUCUCCACUCAACGAUAUGCCUCCUACCCAAAACCAUGGAAAGUCGUCCUUGUAUGCCAUGAGCAGUGCCAAUAGCUCAACAUCGGAGCUCGAGGUCCCACGUCGUCCAUCGAGUGUAGCUCUUCCUUCCAUCGGACAAGAGGGCAACGAAUAUGCGGAGGCGUUCGGAGCUUCGGAGGAUCUCAGCUCAUCGCCAACACAAACAAGGAAUGUUGCAAAUGAUUUGAAGCUUCAUGCUCCUAAGCCUUCUCACCCCGAGUCUAGUGCUAAGCUUAGGGUAUCUGCGGUCACUCGUACUGAUUCUGGCCAAGCUGCAGCAUAUGGCUUAGGCAAAGCUGAUGAUAAAGAUGCUGGUUCUCGAUCUUUGAAGAAUAAAUCAAGCUUUGCGAGCAAUGCUUCGGCCAUCGAGCGUCCCCCCUCGAGUACCGGUCAUGAAGAUGAGCAUGGUAUCCCUGAAAUCGGCCAACGUGUUCCUAUGUAUCCAAAUGCAGGAGAUGUUCAAGCUCCAUCUCCGUCACCAUACUCAGCUCCUUAUGCUCCUGGUAUUGGCUUUCACAACGAUGGAUCAAAGCGACACCAUGAGCGUAAAAUAAGUGGUCGUGGAGGAGAGGUUCCACCGGGAAGUUAUGGCCUUCACGGACAUGGUAUCGUCCCUUACGAUCGCUUUGAGAAGGCUUAUUAUGAGAAACAUCCCGAGCUUUACAAGAAAGAAACUACUUCUUAUCACGGACCUCACGGCGAAGGCAGAGCGGAGUGGGCUAUGAGCAGUGACGAUUUGAAUAAGAUUGUUAGAGAUACUGCCAGCAGAGGUGCUGGUCUUGGUACAUCUCCAGCAGUAAUGAGUACCCCUACCGAGCAGAUUGGAUUUCAAGCUUCUGAAGAAUAUACAUCUCGCAUGUCUUCUCCCCGCCCACAAUCCAGUGGCCAUCAGUCCUCUGGCUACAACGUCGCGCAUUCUAAUGCAUCUCAAACAAACGUCGACUCGCCUUUGAAAAAGGAAAGCUUCCCCCUCGACGGUUCGCAGAAAGCUGAAUUCGAAGGAGCUCUAUCGAAAAGUCUCGGUGACAAGUCCGAACGCGGUUAUGAAAGUGAAGCGGAUGCCGAUGAUACUAUUCAUAUCGAUGCCCCGAGCCGUCGUUCUAGUAGGGUAAUUGAUCCGGCGAAUGAACCAAGGCCAUAUUCAGCAGCUGGCGGAGAAGAUGAUGAGCUUCGCGAAGAACAUGGAUAUAAUGCUCCAAUUCUUGCUUCCGAUGAAGUGUCUAAGGAGUCAUUUGGAUACGAGCUGCAGGCUGCUGUUUCCCCAUCUUUCGAACAUAGAAACCUCUACGAUGAUGUAACUUAUGGCAGCACAUCCGGAAGCAAGCAAACUAGUCGACCUGGAAGUAUCCAUACAUCAGCAGUGCGAGCAACGGAAUCGACGCCAUUAGAGGAAGUGCAGGAAUACGAGCCAUUGUUCCCUGAAGAGGAAAAGUCCGGCACUGCUGUGGAAAAGCCUGAAACUGCAGUCGACCGUUUGAAACGUCCAGAGAUGCAAAAUCGUAAAUUUCCAAGUCAAGACGUGUGGGAAGACACGCCCAACAGCUUGCAAUACACUGCGACAGUGUCGACACCUCAACUUCCCGAUCCUGAUGAUGGUAAUGAAGACGCCCACAAGAGAUCGAAAGAGACCCCGGAGCAAGCAUUUGCUCGACGACAGGAGGAGCUGGCCGAGAAAGAAUCUACGAGCACAGAGAGUUUCUUGCAUCCCCAAAAGAAAGCAUGGUCCCACAAACCACAUCUUGCAGCAGAAGCACGACCGAAUCUGCAACAGCGUUUCCCAAGUAGAGAUGUUUGGGAAGAUACACCAGAUAGUCUCCAAUUGCAGACGACGGUAUCAACACCUCAAACUCCGGAGGUAGACACCAUCAUGAGCCCACCGGACGAAAGACCCACCACUGGCGCUGUCGUAUUUCAUCAGGAGAAGGCAGCGGCUGGCUUUGGACUUGGGCAUGAUGAAGGUCGAGCAACGACUGGUAUCGCAAUGACUAAACCAAGCGCUCCUGCUCGCCCUAUAACAUCAACUUCGCCCGAUAAAGCUCAACCAGCCAUUCCUGGUCGCCCCGCACAGAAGUCGAAGCAAGUGUCAACUGCAGAUGAUGCUGCCCCUCCUCUACCACUGAAGUCCAAACCACAAAUACCUGCCCGUCCAGCAAAGCCUAUUGCACGUGAAUCGUCGGAAAAUAUCCCAUUAACCACCGUCCCAUCCAAUUCCUCCGCUAAAUCGAUAGGCUCGGAUAAUAGCUCUUCUACCGCUGGCAAGACAAAACCACCUGUCCCUUCGAGACCGGUUGGUGGUAAAAUUGCCGCUUUGCAGGGUGGUUUUUUGGCAGACCUUAACUCGCGCUUAAAACUCGGGCCACAAGCUCCAAAGAAAGAAGAGCCUAAGCCAGAGGAGAAAGUCGAGGAGAAAGAAAAGGUGCCUCUAUCGGAUGCUAGAAAAGGUAGAGCCAGAGGUCCUGCUCGUAGAGCGCCUGCUAGAAGUCCUGCCCCAAUCUCAUCGACCGCUCAAGAAUCAUCUGCUGUAACUUUGGCAACCUCAACACCCUCUACACUGUGGUAUAUUGAUUCGAAUGAGGUCUUACAUGUAGAGUCCAAGACAGACUCCAAGGCAGACUCCAAGACAGAGGAAGUUACCCCACCUACUACCAAAGCAGCCGAAUCUUCAACUCCAACUCUUGCAACAAACACGGCAGGAGAAAGUCUCCAUGAUGCUACAGAAAUUGCAGAGGGCGCCGAGAAGAGUGCAUCUCUUCCAUCGGCGGAAAAGGAUAUCGAAUCGGAACAACGAGAGGAUAUACAAAAGGAAGCGAUUAUUGCCGAUGAUCACAGUAAUGACGCUGAGCCGAUAAAACCAAGUGACUCUCCUCCUGUCGUUAGUGAGAGUACGGUAGAGAGCACAACUGAACCUGAAGCUGUUAUUGAGAAUUAA